AAGUAAAAGCAGGGGCACUACUGUAAGAAAAAACUUCAAGAGGGGGUGUUUUCACUAGAAACCCUAAAACCGAGGGUCUCCUCUUGUCGUCGUCUUCCUCCACGCUAUAACAGCCACUGCUACUGCCUCCACCUCUCCAUAAACCCCUGCAUCUCAGAAACCCUAGAAAAAUGAGGCCUCCCAAAUCCAGAGAAUCACGCAAGCAAAAACGACUCUCGGAGGCCCAGGAAAUCGAGCUGCUCGAAUCAUGGAUCCAAAACGGACGGCCCGAGUCCGGUUCCAACCCGUUGUCUAUCCCGCCGCCGCCGAAGGACGCUCCUGUCGGCCGAAUCGACGACGGCACGUUCUCGGCCUACACCGGGAGCCAGAGGUUCGAUCAGUUGCCUGUGUCUCAGAAGACGAAAGACGGGCUGAAAGAUGCGAAAUUUACCAAAAUGACCGAGAUUCAGAGGGCGUCGCUGCCGCACUCGCUCUGCGCCCGCGAUAUCCUCGGCGCGGCGAAAACGGGGUCCGGGAAGACCCUGGCUUUUAUAAUACCGGUUCUAGAGAAGUUAUACAGAGCGAGAUGGGGUCCAGAGGAUGGGGUUGGCAGCAUUAUAAUAUCUCCUACAAGGGAGUUAGCUGCCCAGCUUUUCGACGUAUUGAAGUCUGUUGGAAAACACCACAAUUUUAGUGCUGGCCUUCUAAUUGGUGGUCGCAAAGAUAUUGACACAGAGAAGGAGCAUGUAAAUGAUCUGAACAUCCUGGUCUGCACUCCUGGCAGGCUUCUUCAGCACAUGGAUGAGACUCCAAAUUUUGAUUGUUCUCAGCUACAGGUUUUGGUCCUUGAUGAGGCAGAUCGUAUCCUCGAUGUGGGAUUUAAGAAGGCAUUGAACGCAAUAGUUUCACAGCUACCAAAGCAUAGACAAACCUUUCUUUUCUCCGCAACUCAGACGAAGUCAGUUCAGGAUCUUGCAAGACUCAGUUUGAAGGAUCCAGAGUACCUUAGUGUGCAUGAGGAGUCCAUAACUGCCACUCCCAAUCGCUUGCACCAAACAGCAAUGAUUGUUCCGCUUGAUCAAAAACUGGAUAUGUUGUGGAGCUUUAUAAAGUCACAUCUUAAUUCAAAGAUCCUUGUCUUUCUUUCUAGCUGCAAACAGGUAAGAUUUGUGUUUGAAGCAUUCAAGAAGCUCCAUCCUGGAAUCCCCUUGAAAUGUCUUCAUGGAAGGAUGAAGCAGGAGAGAAGGAUGGGAAUCUAUUCUCAGUUUUGUGAGACACGUUCAGUUCUCUUCUCGACUGAUGUAGCCUCAAGGGGCCUUGAUUUUAACAAGGCAGUUGAUUGGGUUGUCCAGGUGGACUGUCCAGAAGACGUUGCAGCUUACAUACACAGAGUUGGACGUACUGCUCGAUAUCUUAGUGGUGGGAAGUCAGUUUUAUUCCUGGUGCCCUCAGAAAUGAAGAUGCUUGAAAAGUUACAGGAGAAGAAGAUACCCAUCCAGUUUAUCAAGGCAAACACAAAAAGGCUGCAACCUGUUUCUGGAUUGUUGGCAGCUUUAUUAGCAAAGAAAGAUGACAAGAAGGAAGUAGACUUGCGGCACCUCGCUCAUAGGGCAUUCAUCACGUACUUGAGGUCUAUACAUAAACAUCGGGAUAAGGAGGUUUUUGAUGUUACGAAACUCCCCAUUGAAGAAUUCUCAGCAUCAUUGGGCCUGCCAAUGACCCCGAAAAUCCGUUUUCUGAACCAGAAAAGCAAAGGAAAGCAAGUGUCAGGAGAAUCUUCUCUUCGAGAAGAAAAUUAUAGCAAGGAGAACUUGUUUGAGCUUCCGAGAGAAAGUCCAGUUACCGGUAAAAUUGAAGAAGACGAAGAAGACGAAGAAGAAGUGGAUAAAGAUUUUCUUUCAGCUAAGGAAACCCCCCAUGGUGGGCAAGGAAAAUCAACUGACAUAGCAGAUAUUGAGCCAGGAACACGGAUUUUGAAGAAAAAGAAACUGAAAAUUAAUGUCCACAGACCAUUGGGUACAAGAGUUGUCUUUGACGAUGAAGGCAACACACUGCCCCCACUUGCAACAUUAGCUGACAGGAUAAGUGGCGAUGGCUCAGUUCAGCUUGAUGAAGAUAGAGUAAGUAAAAGAUAUGCAAAUUUGAGAGAAGAGUUAAAGGAGGAGGACAAGGAAGACAAGCUUCUGGAUCGUCAACGUCGUAAAGAGAAACGAAUGAAGGAGAAGAUGAAGAGAAGAAGGGGACGGAAGGACGAGGAUGAUAUUGAGGGUGAGGAGGAUCUUUCUGGGUCAGAUGGAGACCGAACCAAUAAAAGAUCGAAGAAGUACUUUGAUAGCGACAGUGAUGAUGCUGAGAGUAAGAGAGACAAAGAUAGCACUAUCAAUGCCGACUCUAUUUCUUUGAAAGAACAAGAGGAACUGGCUCUCAAGUUGUUGAGUUCCAUGCACUCUUAAUUCAGUUUUGUAGUGAUAUGGCGGGAGUGGCUGUUGGGAGGGGAGCUGGCCCUUGAUUUUUGUUGUUUCUUUUCUUUUUCUGGUGUACCAAAAAAAAACAAAAAAAAAAAUCAGUUUUGCAGUGAGGCAACCUAAUGUUGAUCUUGUUGAAUAAUUUUGAGCAUAUUUCCUUUUUUCUUGGAGCUUGUUUGAGUUGUUUCCUUGUCAAUUUUGUCGUCCCCAAUGCUCGGCUUGUGAACUUUUAUAGCUACAAGAACCAUUUAUAUACUGAGAGAUUCAAAUUC